AUGGCGCAGGAAGAUGAGGACGCUGCGACGGAAAGCCCGUCGAAGGUCACCGACUGGCGAACCGGACCCGACAUCGACCUCUACAAGGCCUUCGUGCCGGGUGAAUCGCGCCGCGAACGGUUUUCAAGAUGGUUCCGGCGCUUGUGUUACUUGGACGAGACGAGCGCCCUGGCCAGGUCGGUGUUCCGGAGUGAUACCGCGAUGAAGCGGGAAAUGUCAAGGCAUAUUAGCUUCUUCGGGAGUACGGUUCAUCCGUUCAGCUUUUUGCGGUUUGUUUGGGAGUGCGUGAUGAUCGCGGUUUUUGGAGCUUCUUUUUUGGUGCUUCCGUACGAUGUGACGUUCCUGUACAAACCGGAAGACUACAUGACCAUAACUUGGUUCCACCUUAUCGUGCUGACCGUAGAUGUGUUGUGUAUGGUGGAUAUUUGCUUUACGAUUCGGACGGGGUUCUACGACAAGAAGAACCAGCAUGUGGAGCUGGAUCCGCGCCGGAUCGCGAAUCGCUACGUGAGGUUCUGGUUUUGGGUGGAUGUGAUAAGUUCGGCUCCGGACACGUUGAUUUCGAGAUAUGUACGAUCGCGACCUCCGCUCAGCUAUUGCUUCUUCGACUGCCUUCACAAGCGAACCAUGCACUUUGGCUGCCUCUGGGAUUUGAUUAACGUACUGUCUUUGUUGAAGAUCUUCCGUAUACGGACGUUCCUGCGUUACGUCAACAAUGUGUACAAGCGGUACGGAUUUCGCCGAAACGUGGUCAAGUUCACCACGAUCGCAGUCGUGAUCACCGUAACGCUCCACUGGAUGAGCUGUUUGAUGUUCCUUUCGGUUCGGAUCGCUCAGGGAGCCGAUCCGGAGCUGGUUGAUUCGCACUCUUGGACAAAAUCCAGGGCCGACAUUUGGGAUCACAAGCCUGCGGAUCGCUACAUCGAGUGCUUCUUCCGGACGCUCUACACCGUAGGACUCAUGACGCACUCCAUCGAUCCGUUCAUGACCAACGAGGACAUCGUAAUGCUACUGGCAGCUUCCAUCCUGGGGUACAUCCUGAAGAUCUACCUGCUUGCGGAACUGCUGAUCUUCGUGAGGAUCACCUUCUCCAGCAACAACAUGUACCACGAGCACCGUCACGAACUGAAGAACUACAUCCUGCACGAGCAGCUUUCGCCCGAUCUGGAAGCCCGGAUGCUCCGUUAUUACGAUCAUCGUGUCGCUAACCGAUACAGCCGCAAGCGGUUGAUCGACUUCGCUACCAGCGAUCAGUUCCACGCACCGAUCCGGGACGAAGUUUGUGGAGCGCUGGUUGCCGGGGUGUCCCUCUUCCACGACACCAUGACCGUCGAGAUGAUCCGAAAGCUGCUUCUGGCGAUGCAGUACCAACUCUACCUGAAAGACGAUCUGAUCGUGAGUGCUGCGGACGGUUCCGACGGAGCUCGGAUGGUGUUCAUCAUCCGUGGAACCGUUGCGAUCUACACGGCCGCUUGGAGGGAGGUGCUACAUCUGGAGGACGGAGAACAUUUCGGCGAGUACCAGCUGGUGCUCGGCGGAGACACCAUGAAGUACUCCAACAUUGUAGCGGUGGAGACGAGUGAAAUUUACGUGCUGGACAGGAACCUUUUCGAAGUGGUGCUCACGCAGCAUCCGGAAGUCCGCGAGCGGAUCAUCAACAUGGCCCGGGAACGCUACGAAUCGCUGGCAGCGCUCGAACGAGACGUGGUUCUGGAGACGAUCGACGGGGCGGAAACCGUCCGAAGGACGAGGAAGUUUUAUGAGUAG